AUGGGCACACCUAUUGUUGAAUCCAGCGCCCCAGCCACGCCAUUGUGCCAGAUCGUGACGCCAGUGGGCAUGAUGGGCUAUGGCUUCCCAGAGGAUCAAGUUGAGGCGGCAUUGGAAGUCUUCAGCCACUAUACUACUCCAACUGCCAUCAUUCUGGAUGCUGGAUCGACCGAUUCCGGCCCCUCAAAGCUUGCAAUUGGCACCACUACUUGCCCCCGAUCAUCUUACGUCCGCGAUUUUCGCAAACUACUCACCUUUUUGAUCAAGUAUUCGGUCCCUCUGCUCUUAUCAUCUGCUGGUGGCGAUGGAAGCGAUGACCAUGUCGACUUAUUUCUUGAAAUUAUCCGAGAAAUCAGUCAAGAGCCUGGCCAUGAGAGUUGGAAACUGAAGACUCUUGCCAUUUACUCCGAGGUCCCAAAGACUGUGGUUGUGGAGAAAUUGAAUGCAGGCACAAUCACAGGCUGUGGGGAUGCCGUCCCCGAGCUGACUGUCGACGCCGUUGAACAGACACCCAGGAUCGUUGCCCAGAUGGGCCCUGAGCCACUGCUCGAUGCAAUCAACGCGCAUCCCGACUUUAACGUGUUGAUUGCUGGUCGAUCAUACGACUUGGCCCCUUUUGUAGCCUUUACCGCCUACCAUACCCUUAAGGCCCGAGGCUUGAAAGAAUACACUGAUCUAAGCCCAGGCGAACUUGGAGUGAUUUCUCACAUGGGCAAGAUCCUCGAAUGCGGUGGCCUCUGCGCUACGCCCAAGGGCACGAGCGCCCAGGGUAUCAUGAACAACGACUUAAGCUUUGACAUCAAGCCACUGAACCCUGCCGCUCGCUGCACACCACUGAGUGUUGCUGCGCAUACGCUCUAUGAAAAGAGUCGACCAGAUAAAUUGUUUGGUCCCGGAGGGUACAUUGACCUCAAUGAGUCUACCUUUACUCAACUUGAAGAUACUAGAUCCGUUCGUGUUCGAGGAUCAGUAUUCCACGGUAAUCGCCAAGAGAACACUACUUAUUUCACCAAGCUCGAAGGAGCCCGCGUUACUGGAUACCGUACUCUAACUAUGGGCUCCUUCCGAGACCCAAUUCUCAUCUCACAGCUUGACUGGUUUCUACAAUCCGUCAAAGACUUUGCUGGGAGCCAACACAGUCACGUGAAGGAGAAGUGGGAUAUUGGCUUUCACACGUACGGCUUCAAUGAGCAUGACACCGAGUACGUGCCAAGUGAGGUUUUCAUUGUGGCCGAGGUGAUUGCGGAAUCUCAAGAAGUUGCAACUAGCCUGGCUUCGACUGUCAGAGUGCAUUGCACACAUGGGUCCUAUCCCAAGCAAAAGGCCACUUCAGGCAAUUUCGCUAUGGGUAUCGGUGGCAAGUUCGAGUUGGAGACGAAGGAGUGUGCUGAGUUCUCCAUCUACCAUCUCAUGCCACUUUCCAGUGAAGAGGAAGGCGCUCGCCAAAAUUCCCUUCCUCAAGCAGAUAUCGACGGUCAGCGGGGUCUGUUCCGUUGGCAGGAGUACACGUUGGGUAACGGUGAAACAUACGCCAAGAUUGGGGUUCGAGCCACUCCGAAUGGACCAUCCUUCGUGACUCAGAGCGCUGGCACCGUUUCUUCGGAUCCCCCAGCUCAACCCAAGCCUACGUUCGAGCAAACUCCAAGCACUCUCGUUGAUGUGGCGAAGGUGAUCCGAUCUAAGAAUUCUGGUCCAUAUGAGAUCACUGUGGAUGUCAUGUUCGACAAUAAGGACGUCUAUAAUCUCGUCAAACAGUCUAACUUACUGAACAAGGCGGUGAUCGCUGAACUCUUCAGCCUAGACGAAACCGAGGUCUAUUGGGCAGGCUUCUUUGAUGUUGCGAUGGCUUUCAAGGCUACAAUGCCCAGAAAACGAAGAGGCGAGCUAUCGUGCUCUGGCGGCUAUAUGGAGGACGAUGUUCAUGGCUCCCAACAAUAUAUUCCGUUGGUCAGGCUACCCCUCCCAAAGGAACUUCAAGAUAGCCUUCUGGCACUUGCAAAGUGA